AGCCGCCCAGGCCUCCUACCAUUUUCGCAUGGAAAGUCACCGCUUCAGUGUUUGAGUGUCUGAAGCCGUUGGCUGGUCCUGAACCGUUUGGCUUUCUCCACUAGCAAACAGCCCCACAAAUGCACCUCAUUCGCUCUUAAAUAUGUAUUUUUAAAACGUUUAACCCACAUUUACGCCGCUGUAAACCGAACCGGACGCUUGUUUGGGAAUUUAACUCGCGAUUCGCCGCCUCACAACGGGCUUAUAACGCUUUAUUGCCGCUCUGUUUUAACAAAUAGCCGAGGAGGAGGAAAUUCCACACAGGCAGCACAGCACAGAAGCUCCCCUUGUGUCGCCCGGGAUAUUGAAGUAAACUGAAGAGACUCCAUGCAGAAGGCUGAGGUUGAAGCCUGACAUCCUGACGAGACUUGAUCACAUGGUGCUGAGACACUCAGACAGGAUCCUUAUAAAACGUUUGCAUUGCGGAAAAAUACUUGAUACUGUGGACUGUAUCCUGUGUGCUGACCUCAUGGUGUAAGCAGGUGUAAAGAUGAGCAUAAGCAGUGAUGAGGUCAAUUUUCUGGUGUACAGAUACCUACAGGAGUCAGGGUUUUCCCAUUCAGCCUUCACGUUCGGCAUAGAGAGCCACAUCAGCCAGUCCAACAUCAACGGAGCCCUAGUGCCCCCUGCUGCCCUCAUCUCCAUCAUCCAGAAGGGCCUGCAGUAUGUGGAGGCAGAAGUCAGUAUCAACGAGGACGGCACCCUGUUUGAUGGCCGGCCGAUUGAAUCCUUGUCUCUGAUCGACGCUGUGAUGCCCGACGUGGUGCAGACGCGCCAGCAAGCCUACCGAGACAAACUGGCACAGCAGCAAGCUGCUGCCGCACCUCCAGCCUCCAGCACCAACAUGCAGGGCAAUGCCAAAAAUGGAGAGAACACCGCCAACGGAGAGGAGAAUGGUGCACAUGCCUUACCUAACAACCAUGCAGACAUGAUGGAGGUAGAUGGAGAUGUGGAGAUUCCUCAGAAUAAAGCUAUGGUGCUGAGGGGACACGAGUCUGAAGUGUUCAUCUGCGCCUGGAACCCCGUCAGUGACCUGCUCGCUUCUGGGUCUGGGGACUCGACGGCUCGCAUAUGGAACCUGAGUGAGAACAGCACCAGCAGCUCCACACAGCUCGUGCUCAGGCACUGUAUACGAGAGGGAGGCCAAGACGUGCCCAGCAACAAAGACGUUACAUCAUUAGACUGGAAUAGUGAGGGUACAUUAUUAGCCACAGGCUCUUAUGAUGGCUUUGCAAGAAUAUGGACAAAAGAUGGUAAUCUUGCCAGCACCCUGGGUCAGCAUAAAGGCCCUAUAUUUGCGCUGAAAUGGAACAAGAAAGGAAAUUUUAUCCUUAGCGCUGGUGUAGAUAAGACAACAAUCAUUUGGGAUGCUCAUACAGGAGAGGCCAAGCAGCAAUUUCCCUUCCAUUCAGCACCUGCUCUGGAUGUGGACUGGCAAAGCAACAACACGUUUGCCUCGUGCAGCACGGACAUGUGCAUUCACGUGUGUAAACUGGGCCAGGACCGACCCAUAAAGACAUUCCAAGGACACACAAAUGAAGUAAAUGCAAUCAAAUGGGAUCCAACUGGCAACCUGCUGGCAUCAUGUUCUGACGACAUGACGCUGAAGAUUUGGAGUAUGAAGCAGGACACGUGCGUUCAUGACUUGCAAGCUCACAGCAAAGAAAUUUACACUAUAAAAUGGAGCCCAACUGGCCCUGGCACCAACAAUCCUAAUGCCAAUCUCAUGCUCGCCAGCGCAUCCUUUGACUCCACUGUUCGGCUAUGGGAUGUAGAUCGAGGCAUCUGCAUCCACACAUUAACCAAACACCAGGAGCCGGUGUACAGUGUCGCCUUUAGCCCCGACGGCCGCCAUUUGGCCAGCGGCUCUUUCGACAAAUGUGUACACAUCUGGAACACACAGACUGGUGCUUUAGUUCAUAGCUACAGGGGAACAGGAGGCAUUUUUGAAGUGUGUUGGAAUGCAGCUGGUGACAAAGUGGGUGCAAGUGCAUCGGAUGGCUCUGUUUGUGUAUUAGAUCUGAGGAAAUAACGCUGCUUGUUGGAAGCCAUGGACCGACUAUGAAUGUGUACAUAGCCAAAAUGACUGUCCCUGCCCCAUGUACUGCUACAAUCCCUAUUGAACCAUGGCCAGCCACUACAGACAGGACAAAAAAAAACACAAGCAUCCUGAUGCAGCAGACGAGUGGAAGUGAUUCCAACCAGAGACAUGAAAGGGACUUUUGUAAGUAACAUCGGUGGGGAAACAACACAAGAAGAAAGAAGCAAAAAAAAAAAAAAAGGACUGGUGUAUUUACCAAAAUUUGGAAGAUAUUUUACUAUUUGUUCUUCAAACCAAUCUCAUCAAAAUAAACAAGCAAAAAGAUUUUAAUCUUUGUUGUUAGUUCCAUUUCAGUGUGCACACAUCUGUUUUUUCUGUUUUCUUUCUCUUAACUCUUUUUUUUUUUUUUUUUCUCCCCUUUCUUUCUUGCUCUUUUUCAACACUUGCAUUUUUAAGGUCACAGCUGCAUGAAAUAAGGACUCAUCGUUCUCUCUUUAUGCAGACUACAGUUAUUUAAAGUCUUUUUGGUAUUUUACAUAAUGUAGUUCAGAAAAAACAACAGUGUGGGGACUUGAAGCCAUUUAGCUUUCAUUUAUUCUUCCAUUUCAGUAGUUUUCAUGCUUUGCUUUAAUUGUUCAAAUAUGAAAACCGUUGUUUCAGUUACGGUCCUUUAUUCAGAGGAGACGUUAAUUCUGCUGAGAAUAGAUGCAGAAACAAUAGGGGUGCACAUUCACCAGGGAUGCAUAGUGCAUUAUGCUUGGUUUGUCCAGUAUUGAUGGAGCAACAAAGUGUUAACUGUAGACAGAGUUAACUGCUGUAGCUACACUAUAGAAUUAUUAUUUUUUUCUGUAUUGCAUUAAGAACAGGCAUUUUAAUAAGGCAAAAAAAAAAACCCAACAACUUAUUGCUUGUAAAGACAAGGUCUAAACAGUACAAUGGCUAACACUGGACAACCCUAGGUUUAUUAUCGAAUAUAUCUAGACAAAAAAGAAAAGACUUGCUUUAAGUUUCACAAAGGAUCUGUUCACUGGUUUAUCAAACUUUUUAUUUAACCUAAUUGACGGAGUUUUUGCUCUGAUGUAGUCGUUCUAACAAAUACAUGCACAAUAUAAGUUUAUGUACAUUUUGAUUUCCUCUUAAAGAAGUAGGUGACUUUAACCAACACCUGCUUUACACUGUAUGCAUUUGCCCAUCUCUCAGUCCAGCUGCUAAACAACCCUGACUUUGUCCUCUUUGCAUAUAAUAUUCAAUGCACACACAAUAGAACAUUGUUAAACUGACUGACUGGUCCACCGGCUCGCUCGGCUAUACAGUCUAUUAUUUGUAACAAUUGAGAAUAGCAAUCAAUAUUAAUCGCCUGUUACGCCUUCCUGUCUGGGGCGUUCAAUAUCUCAUAGCUGGAGGCUCAUUUUUUUCAGCAAUGUAUCCAUAAUUUAUUUUAUUUAAAGUCCAUCUGAAAGAAAUCACAUCAAGUCAGGUACAGGUUUGUACAGCCGCAGAAGUAUUAUUUUACGUAUACAGCACAUAUAUUAGACUAUACUAGAGAAACAUAAAUAAUGGCUAAAUAGAUGUCUACUUUCAAAGGAAAAUCUGAAGCUUAAGGCAAGUCUGAGCACUGGGUUGGAAAUCUCACCUACGAGUUAAAAUCAUGUUCAGUAGCAUAAUUGUUCCUGCUGUGAAAUAAUUUAACAUGCAAGGCAAAUAUGGUGGCACAAAACCACAAUCCUUAUGAUUGCCGAUGAUCAGAGUGCUUCUGCUGCAAUUCCUGACCCUUUUAUUCAGCUGAGGCAAAAUAAUAAAUUCUAAAUGUUUCUCUCAUUGGCAUUGAAAAAUCUCUAAAGAUCUUCGAUUCUGCUGAGAGAGCAGAAAUGACACUGGGUCUCCAGAGACCUGUUUCCCCGAUAGCAGAGCCUGCUUUGUCAUUUUUUACAGUCCCAGAUAUCAGGUCUCCAUUUAUUAAGGUUUAUGUUCUUUUUUUACGCAGUGUAGAAUGAAGUCGUCAACUUUAAGUAGACUGUAUACUCUGAACGCUAUUUAUUAUGCAGUCAGUGGCAACAGAAGGUUCUUUCGGUUCUCUUACUCCAUAAUCUGCUCUCAACCUCUUCCCACAUCUUUUCAUCUUGUCACUACCAAAAUUUUCAUCAUACUCACCCCCCCCCUUUGUCCUGAACUUUUUGUACUCUUUUAGUACUUUUGUAAUUCAUAUUUCUUUGUAGCUAUAAGAAAAAAAGGUUAAAAACAAACGUUGAAUUCGGACACUUUGAGCGUGUACAGAACAUUCACGGGUUGAGCUUUCUGGGUUGGAAAUGUUUAUCUGCAGUACCCACUACGCCCGCCCUUCGUUUUCCCAGUCGAACGGUUCUUCUGGUUGCUGACCCUCCCCGCUCAGCCUUGCAAUGCAUUGAUUUGUUGUCAUCGGAUCAGAAGUUCAAAAUAAAAAAGUAUAUUUUGAUAUUA